GAUAUUAUAGAAUUGCUAAUUUUCUUAGACAUGAAAAUGAUACUGUUGUAGGAGAGUGUUCUCAUUCUUUGGGUAUGCAUGCUGAAGUAUUUAAGGGUGAAGUGUUAAUGGUGUCUGUAAUUUACUUUCAAGUGAUUGAGGAGUGUGUGUGUGUGCGUGUACAAGAACCAUUUGAGGCAGGAUGAUAACUGGUAAAUCUGAGCAUAGGGUAUACAGGUGUGCUGAUUGUACUGAUUUUUCAAUUUUUCUAUGGAUUUGAAAAGUUUCAAAAUAAAAGUUGGGGAGAAAAUCUUACAGAGCUCAGCUCAGAGUUUGUCUCCUAUAUGAAGACUUCCUUUAGCUAGAGGUGAUUUUUUUAUAUGAAUUAUUAUGAUGUUUAUUUUUAUCUUACGGUCCCCAAACCUGAAUGCUCAUGAGGACUACCUGAGAAGUUGAUCCCCCCACCCCAUUACAAACUCCCAGGACCCCCUGUAAGCCUAUGGAGACAGACUCAGUGGGAAUAGGCCUAAGAAUCUUCUCAGGAACCACAGAUGAGAAAACUGAGGCUCAGAGGAGUUAGUCAUGUGCCCAGACUCAGCCAAAGCAGGCAGUGUGACCCCAAAGCAUUUGCUGGAUUUAUCUCUGGUCAAGCAGACAGUUGAGGAUACACAGUCUGAGGAUGAAUGUUCAGCGUGCCAGUGAUGGCGACAGGUUAUUGCGGCAAGAGGCCAGCCGCCUAGUGGAUGAUACUUCAACUGCAACUCAAGAAAAAGAAGCAAGUAGCCUGGCUUCAUCUGGUCUUCAAAAUCUUACUUAUCCCUUAAGUCCCAGGAGUGAUGACCUUUCACUUGACUAUGCCUCUCAUCCAGCGCAUCUUCAGUUCCCUCACAUAAUGCCACUUCCCGAAGACAUCAAAGGCUCUUGCUUCCAAACUGGGAAUAAACGGAACCAUGAACCCUUUAUUGCUCCAGAACGAUUUGGAAACAGCAGCGUGGGCUUUGGCAGUAACUCCCACGCCCAAGCGCCAGAGAAAGUGACGCUUCUUGUAGAUGGCACUCGUUUUGUUGUGAAUCCACAGAUUUUCACUGCUCAUCCGGAUACCAUGUUGGGAAGGAUGUUUGGACCAGGAAGAGAGUACAACUUCACGCGGCCCAAUGAUAAGGGAGAGUAUGAGAUUGCUGAAGGAAUUAGUGCAACUGUAUUUCGCACGGUGCUGGAUUACUACAAAACUGGUCUCAUCAGUUGUCCUGAUGGCAUCUCUAUUCCAGACCUCAGAGAUACAUGUGAUUAUCUCUGCAUCAACUUUGACUUCAACACUGUCCGAUGUCAAGAUCUGAGUGCAUUACUGCAUGAACUGUCUAAUGAUGGUGCUCACAAGCAGUUUGAUCACUACCUCGAGGAGCUGAUCCUGCCCAUCAUGGUCGGCUGUGCCAAGAAAGGGGAGCGAGAGUGCCACAUUGUUGUGCUGACAGAUGAGGAUUCUGUGGACUGGGAUGAAGACCACCCCCCACCUAUGGGGGAGGAAUAUUCCCAAAUUCUUUAUAGCUCCAAGCUCUAUAGAUUCUUCAAAUACAUUGAAAAUCGGGAUGUUGCAAAAACGGUGUUGAAGGAACGGGGCCUAAAAAACAUUCGCAUUGGAAUUGAAGGUUAUCCUACCUGUAAGGAAAAGAUUAAGAGAAGACCUGGUGGCCGGUCUGAAGUAAUCUACAAUUACGUGCAGCGCCCCUUCAUCCAGAUGUCAUGGGAAAAGGAAGAAGGAAAGAGUCGCCACGUGGAUUUCCAGUGUGUUCGAAGCAAAUCCCUCACCAAUUUGGUAGCUGCUGGAGAGGAUGUCUUGGAGGACCAGGAGAUACUAAUGCACCACCCACCCCAGGUGGAUGAACUUGACCGGCUGAACGCCCCCCUUUCUCAGAUGGCGUCUAAUGACUUUCAGGAUUAGGGCCAGUGUGGGCCCACUCCUUUUUGGAGUAUUUCUCUGUCUGGGAUGCCCGCACCCCAUCCUCCCCAUGGUUUGUCUCACUCUGAGUAGGGGACAUGUUUCUCCCCUAUCCUUUCCCUUUCUCUCGUAAUUAAUAUGUGUUCUUUUACGUUCACGCCUCCAGCAGGAGGUGAAAAAGCACCAGUAAUUAAGCUACCAGCUUUGCAGCAGCUCUGGGAACUUGAGAAAUUUGGGUCUGGUGCUGUUCACUGAGUCUUGGAAUAACUGCAAAAGCAGGAAAGGCAGGCUCCAGUUGCCUCAUAGUCAGCAAAACAAUCCUCAUCCUUUACACACAGUUCUUGGAUUUUUGUUUGGUUUCAUACCAGGCAAAUCACUUUGUAGCAAGGGACCAAACUUAAAAGGAGAGAAUCUCUGUCUCCUGAAAGCAGGCACUGAUGGGGUGGUCAUUAGAGGUUGAUAAGGAAGCCAUUCCUAGUGGUUCCUGCACCCAGAUUUUAUCUGGGGAGAACAAGGCACUCAUCCAAAAUGUCCAAAAGGAGAUUCUUAAGAUUUUAAAAUCAGUUUUGUUUUUCAUUAAUGCAGUGACCAAUCCAAAACCACAUCAACAGAUUCUUUGGCAGGGAGGGUGAUGGCAUAACAAUGCUUAUAAAACUUACUGAGUUUCAAGGUUUUUAAGCCUAACAGAUUCCUCAUUUGGAGAGAAACUCACAACUCAAGUAGAAGAACUUCUCCAAAUCAAGCACUGUAAUAAUUAUCCUGGUUUGGAACCUCGCGUGAAGCCAUCGGUCUUGGGCCCUGUGCGGCACAAUGCUGUGCGUGUGCCUGGGAGACCUUAGACUUGGUUUAAAGGCUUUUAGUUUGUGGGCUGAAAUGUCCUACAAGUACUCAAUGGAAAUACAGGAGCUCAAGGGAGGGGGCACCCCACUGAAGGCUCAGUGCGGAAAUGUCACCUGCGCAGGCUGUCCUGGUAUGGAGAUUUUUCUUUGAAUAUUCUUUUCAUACCGUGGAAUUUUUCUGGACAUCAGUACAUUUCAGUUUUUGAAAUAGCCCAUCAGCCACUUAAACACUAAGAAAACAAUACCAAUGUUAUCCUUCAAAGGAAAGGUGAACCGAAGGGAAAUUAGGCCUAAGUAAAUUUUGAUCUUUCUGUUAACAGUGCGUGGUAGAAGACCUCAGACUGCUCUCCCCAAGCCCCAUAGUACUGAGCCACCUUUCUCUGAUGUCUCCCAGGCUAUUAACAGCAGAGUUGGCUUAAGAAAUGGGCAGCACCCCUGUAUGGGUAUGGUGACGGGUGAAUGCCUUCAUAGUCUAGGAACUGAACAGUAAAAGCCAGAUGUGUUUUGAGGUUACCUCCCAUUUUGUGUUAUAAGUUGGCCUCCCAGUCACCCAUCCAGGGUAUUUACUCACCACAGAUUGGGAAGAGACGUAGUUCCUUUCAGGUUCUUUAAGAGGAUGACUUUGGUUUUCUUAAAUUCCAUUUUUGUAAGAUACUAUAGGGCAAACUACUUGAUUCCACUUUAUGAUUCCCCUAGUUAGAAUUCUCCAAAGAUAAAGGUAGGAUAUUUUUUCCAAGCUUGAAGAAAGUUUUCUUAAGAAAUGUGUUCUCUGUGCAUGUGACCAGCGUUACAGUGGCAGUCAAGGUUCUGUUCCUUACUCAGAGAGGGAAAUAGGGGUUAAAGUGAGCCAUUCCACACCUAGAGGUCUUCUGAUAACCGUAGACUUCCGUUUGCAAGGCUGAUGGUCAGGGUUUAAGGGGGUAACUUGUAGCCAGGGGGUAGUUUUUGUUCAUGUGAAACUCUUGACUCAUAUUUGAGUUUCGGUUUGGCGUUGACCUUACCAGCACCUCGUUCAUACCAACUAGCAGUUGGCCAGCCCAGUAAUUGUUUAAUGGUGGUUCCUUUACCCUUCUCAGUGGACUUCCAUGCCAUUGCAAAGGAAUUGAAUUAUCUAAUGCUUAUGUAUUUUAUGACUUUCCUCAUGAGUUUUUUUGGUAUGUAUAACUUCCCCUCAAGUAUACAGCUUACAUGUUGUUAACAUUAAGUGUAAACACUCCAGGGCUAACACUAAUUAGCCCUUGCAUUGGUAAAAAGACAGCUAUGAAAGUAUGGCGUGUACCUGACACUUUGUUCUAUGUAAAUAAUUUUCUCAGGCUUUCAAGAACUAGGUCUUGUUUUUCCCCAGUUUGCGUUAACAUGCUCUUAGCCCCAACCCAGGGGGGUUGAGUGAGCUGGGAAUCUGUGGCACUAAACCUCUGCCAAUGUCACCUGGGUGAUAGUGACUUGAGGGAAACCCCUCGUCCCAGCCUGGAGCCCAGCAUCACUGCAGUGGGGUGGGUCCACUUAGCCAGGACAUUUCAGCAAUGGCAGGACUUCUCAGUCCUCAUGUGGACAAGGGCUGGGCUGUGGUUAUUCCCUUCAAAGUCAGUUACUGGCCAGCUGAGGCAAGAAAUGCUCUCAUAAUAGUUAAAAAAAAAAAGUGGAAAUCAGGUUUGGUGUUUUUCCUAAGUGCCUAAAUAAAUAAGCCAGGAUGUUUAUACAGAAACUUUUUUUUAAGAAAAUGGUUUUACCCAGAAUAUGUUACUCAGAGGCAUCUCAGCAAACCAAGAUGAACCUGAAUUCGAGGCUCAGAAUCUGUGUGUGUAUCGUAUCAUGUGUACUUGAUUAGGAAAUAUUAGCCUAUGAGGAGCUGGGGAGAGGGCAAGGAGACAGUGCUAAAUGUGUCAAGUUAUUUCAUGGUCUCUACAAAGUGGAGGAAAAGUAUAUAAAGAGUGACAGCAAAAAGAGGAAGGAAGAUAGAAAGUAGCUGGAUUUACCGUACAAUAUGCAAUAACCAAAAAAAAAACCAAACCCGUUGCCGUCGAGUCGAUUCUGACUCAUAGCGACCCUAUAGGACAGAGUAGAACUGCCCCAUAGAGUUUCCAAGGAGCACCUGGUGGAUCCGAACUGCCGACCUUUAGGUUAGCAGCUGUAGCACUUAACAACUACGCCACCAGGGUUUCCACAAUAUGCAAUAGCCAA